AUGCUCGGAAGCCGUUCCUGUGCUGCUCAUGAUCCAAUGGAUGGAAUCUCGAAAAGGAUAACCGGUGGAUCUUCUUCAAAUGGGCAAGCAGGAGAGCAGCCAAUUUGGUCGGUUCACGGAAGGUGUCAGCAACACAGAAUGAUGGCUGGAGGACGGAUGCUCGGAAACUGCCGUACGCAUAGCUUUCCGACUUCCGAGAAUGGAAAUUCCCACGUCCGACUUCAAAACUCACUUCCUGACAGUGUUUUCAGAGAAAGAAGUCAGAGUUGUAACAGGCUUCCAGGGCAUCUGGGAUGCAUCUUCACCAAAGAGGCAACCACAAGUGCAACCAAUCUGGUCCGAUCACGGGAUGCGAUAGGAGAUCAAGGAACACGGCCGAUGGCUGGAAGACAAAUGCUUGGAAGCCGUUCGUGUGCUGCUCAUGAUAGCUCAAAAAGGAUAACCGGUGGAUCUUCUUCAAAUGGGCAAGCAGGAGAGCAGCCAAUUUGGUUGGAUCACGGAAUGUGUCAGCAACACAGGAUGAUGGGUGGAGGACGGAUGCUCGGAAACUGUGCAGAAAGAAGUCAGAGUUGUAACAGGCUUCCAGGGCAUCUGGGAUGCAUCUUCACCAAAGAGGCAACCACAAGUGCAACCAAUCUGGUCCGAUCACGGGAUGCGAUAGGAGAUCAAGGAACACGGCCGAUGGCUGGAAGACAAAUGCUUGGAAGCCGUUCGUGUGCUGCUCAUGAUAGCUCAAAAAGGAUAACCGGUGGAUCUUCUUCAAAUGGGCAAGCAGGAGAGCAGCCAAUUUGGUUGGAUCACGGAAUGUGUCAGCAACACAGGAUGAUGGGUGGAGGACGGAUGCUCGGAAACUGUGCGUGCGCUGUUCAAUGCUAUUUCUUCUUCUUUGUAAAACUGAUCGGUGUCAUCAAAGUAAAAAAGUACUAG